CCGACGCCGGUGGCCAGCAUGGCCACGGUGAAGUCGGAGCUCCUGAAGCCGGUGGCCUCGGAGAAGCCGGCGGCGCACAACAAGGUGUCGGUGAUCGGCACGGGGUCGGUGGGCAUGGCGUGCGCCGUCAGCCUGCUGCUGAAGGGGCUGAGCGACGAGCUGGCGCUGGUGGACGUGAACGAGGACCUCCUGCGCGGCGAGACGAUGGACCUGCAGCACGGCAGCACGUUCCUGAAGAUGCCCGCCGUGGUGUGCAGCACGGACCUGGGCGUCACCGCCAACUCCAGCCUGGUGAUCGUCACGGCCGGCGCGCGCCAGGCCAAGGGCGAGUCGCGCCUGAACCUGGUGCAGCGGAACGUGGCCAUCCUCAAGUCGGUGAUCCCCAGCGUGGUGCAGCACAGCCCGCGCUGCAAGAUGAUCGUGGUCACCAACCCGGUGGACGUGCUGACCUACGUGGCCUGGAAGUUGAGCGCCCUGCCCCCGGCCCACAUCAUCGGCAGCGGCUGCAACCUGGACACGGCGCGCUUCCGCUUCUUCAUCGGGCAGAAGCUGGGCAUCCACUCGGAGAGCUGCCACGGCUGGGUCCUGGGCGAGCACGGCGACUCGAGCGUGCCCGUGUGGAGCGGCGUCAACGUGGCGGGCGUCCCGCUGCGGGAGCUGAACCCGGGCCUCGGCGGCGACCAGGACCCCGAGCACUGGGAGAAGAUCCACAAGGACGUGAUCGCCAGCGCCUACCAGAUCAUCAAGAUGAAGGGCUACACCAACUGGGCCAUCGGCUUCUCGGUGGCCGACAUCACGGAGAGCAUCCUGCGCAACCUGCGGAGGACGCACCCCGUGUCCACCGUGGCCAAGGGCCUCUACGGGAUCCAGGAGGAGGUGUUCCUGAGCGUGCCGUGCGUGCUGGGCGCGAACGGCAUCGCCGACCUGGUCCGCGUCAAGCUCUCGCGCGACGAGGAGGCCCGAAUGAAGAAGAGCGCCGAGACGCUGUGGGCCAUUCAGAAGGAGCUCAAGAUCUGA